AAGAUUCUGAAACCUCGAGGCGAAGUCAGCCGUCUUAACCGAGGAGGCUACAACUUGCAAGAGAAAUUAGGGUGGUCAUUAUCAGAGUACGAAGAAGUUCGCAGUUUCGUCAUCCAUUUAGCUCGCGAGCACCUUAAUGUGCGAAGGUCCUGGAAAAUGCAGCUGGUUCCAAAAUUGCAAUUAGUGUUUUCAGAGGCAAAGAGCCGCUAUCCUGUUCUCAAAGAAUAUAAAGAUGAUUGGGUAGUGUCGGAUUUCUUGCGGGUCUAUCUUAAAAAUAGUAGCACUCGC